UCUGCCGCGCAGGAGGGGAAGCACGGCAUCGAGGGCUCGGCCACGCUGUUUUAUAUGGUGCACUGCGGGAAAGCCUUGUACAACAACCUGCUGUGGAGGAACUGGUCCGCGGAGGCCCUGUCCAGGAUGGUCAUCGUCGGGAACAGCUUCAGGGGCAUCGAGGGGAGGCUGUUGUCAAGAAUAUUGGAGAGGGAUUAUUCUUACAUAGCAAAGGUCUUGAAAGGGACAGAGGAGGUGGCACUGCCAGCCCACCCACGGUACCUGGACACCUUUAACGACACCUCCGUGCACUGGUUUCCCUUGGGAAAACUGAAGGAACUCUCCCCUGAGGUCUGGGACUUCGUGGAGGAGCCGACGUACCAGGACUGCGAUGACCUGGAGAUCAUCAGGAAGGAGGACAGAGGCGCCCAGCGCAGCCCCGCGGCUGCCGAGCCCUGA